AUGUCUGACCGAGAAUAUUCUACAAAAGAGGGAGCUGUUAAUGAUGAACUUUACGAACAGGUUGUGGUACACGGAGAUGAAGAAUACGAUCCAUCAAAGGAUGAAAGCGUCUCCGGUGAUACGAUUCCAAGUAGGUCCACACCGCCCAGUUUACGCCCUUCAACUAUUAAAACCAGAGACGCCGAAGGAAUUUAUGAAGAAGACGAAGAUUCAUUCGAGAAAGGUCCAUCCUUAACCGAAGGGGACAAUGACGAAGUGGACACUUCAAGGAAGCUGACCUCCCUCGUAUCAGCGUCUCAUCGAACUGGUAGAACUUCAGAAGCCAAAAGGCAAAGUGCAGAAAAGGCUUCUGCAUUACAUGAACAAAUUACCGGAAGUCCGUUGGAAAUAAACGAAGAGGGAGAAGUCGUCACUGGUCCAAGAAUCAGCAGUGGUUAA